AUGGCCUCUAUUCAUACAGUCGACGGCAAUGAUGCAGUGACAGAACGCCAGAGCUCUAGGGAUGAUCUGCCGAUGAGUAUCGUGGCAUUCAAUGACCCUUUUCAGGACCCCGUCCGGACUCGCAGACGGACAUCGUCUUCGCAGUCCUAUCCCAUAUCCAACCGCGACGUUCACAGGCUGUCCUUUAAAACGGCGCUCAGAGUCACUUGUCCUGAGGUCUGGUUUCCUGAAGGAUAUUGGGCUGAGCGAGAGAUCAUCUCUGGAAAAGCGCGCCAAGGCAGCGCAAACAAGCGUUGGAGAUGGGCCAACAGAUCCCCAAAGAUUCGAAAUGUUAGCACUAGUGAGCAAGAGAUGCUGCCUCCGGAUGUUCCCUCGUCUCCAAGGUCCGUACUCAGCUCCAAUGGGCCGCUUAGCCCAUCGUCGGAGGAGUUCCAGACUAGAGUGUUGCAGAAUACGUUGCUUCACACAGUACGACCUAGUUUGGACCGGAUGCCGAGUAUUCAGCAUACCCUCAAUUCAUCGGAGGAAAAACUAGCAAUGACACUCCAAGAACCUCCGCCAGAGCUAGCACAGCCGUUGGAAUCAACUCAUGGCGCAAGCUCCGGUGCUCCAUCGAUAAGCCAGAGCAUCCAGAGCCGGAAAAGCAUCAGACUGUUUUCUUUGUUCAAGAACAUGACUAAGCAAUCGUCCGAGUCGAUAUCCGAAUCUCUAGCCUCCGAGCAACUCGCCGACGUGCCGAAGAAUAUCUCAAGCUCUCCGAUAUCCAAAACGCUGACUUGGUUCACCAACAAAGAAGAUCAAAGAUCUACGGCCACAGGCACAAGCUGGUUCGGCAAGGCCCCUUGGCACCGUAAAGACUCCAACGACACCAUCAGCAGUGCCACAAGUUCUGUUCGAGACUUUUUGGCAGGAAAAACUCCACCUGUCACGCCUGAUCCCGAGGGCUUCUUGAGUCGCCAACAAGACUCCACCCUGACGCCGUACCCUGCUGGAGAAGCUACAAGGGUGAGAACUCCGCCAACGCACGAGGACACCGCGGAUGGAAAGCCACGAGGCUUUUUCACAGACAUGGUUCCACCUGGGGAAGACAGUGAUACCUGGGACGCUGCUCAACCGGCCAGAUCUACAAGCGUUAAACGAAACCAAACGAGAUGCGACGACAAUCUCCCAAAAAGACCCAAGGAGUGGUGGGAAGCAAAGCAACGAAUACAACCCAAGCGGAGACUAACAGGACCUCGCAAUUUCGAAUUUGAUCUUCCGGAGCACCUACCCAGUAGUCCAAUGUGUCCGGCGAACCCUAAACACGUAUCGGGUGGUACUGGGGUUUGUGUUUAUCAUGGGAGAGGGAGGAAAGAGUCAACACUCAAGAUAGAGCAUAAAAUGAGUGACAGACGCCAAGGAUCAGAAGUGUCUAUUACCUCGGAGACCGAUGAGAGAUCAAUAUGGGACUGA